UUACAAUGAAAGGUAGUUAUCAAUUUAAGCCAUUUCGAUUACUUGUCUUACAUUUUUGUUUGAGUUUACUGUUCUUUUUUUGUCUUUGAAUAUAGAGAUAAACUUAAUGGAACAUCGGCCUUCUGUUGUUGCUAUUGCUGCAAUAUUGAGGACAUUGAAUAAGAAACUAACAAGAAAAGCAUUGGAGUGUACGAUGAAUUCCCUUUCUUGUGAAUUUCUUGAAAUUGAAGAUGUGUUUAGGUGCUACAAUUUGAUGCAGAAACUAGACACGUCGGACGAACUUAAUAUACCAAAAUCUGAAAAUGCAACCCAUUCGAGUGCAAUCGAUGCCGUGGACGAUUGUUCAAGUUCCGGUACAGUUUGCGCCAAAAGAAAAAGGCCCGCAUUCAAUAAAAAUGUGAGCAAUAGUGACCAAGUAACCAAUGAGAAGCGGCUCUCUGCUGGAAAAAUGCCUUAAAGAUUUUAGCAGUGGACUGUUACUGAUAAUUACUGAUCUCUACUCUUGGAGGAGUGUGUGUUGUUUUUAUUGAUUGCUUCAUUGACAUGAUUUCAAGUUGAUUGAAUGCCUAGAGACAGGGGAAACAGAGAUGAAAAAGGAAAAUUAAAGAUUUGGACAACAUAUAAAAAGAAGAUCCUUCUCUUUUUUCAUACACCGAUGCCACCCAAGUACAAAGAAAAAAGGUCAGAAAUGUGGUUUUGAAGGCUGCUGGGAAGAACAGUCAUUUGAAGCUUACUGACCUUUUUCCUUUUUCCUAAUAAUUCUUUUAUUUUUUAUUUCCAUCUUUUUUGGCUUUCUUUUCAGUAUGGGGUUUUUAUAUAAUAAUGUGUCUGGCAACCCUACCUUUUGAUGGGAUGCUUUUGUUUGAAAGGGUGAUAAGAAUGUGGGGGUGGUGAGAGGGGAAAGAGGAGAAGAGACCUGUUUAUUUGAUUUGAUGCAUCUAUGUUGCAUGUUGGCCUAUCAGGAAAAAAACUACUACUUACAUAUUUAUAUUUUUAUACUGUAAAGUUAUGUGAUUGAAUUAAUGGUUGGUCUUUUUUUAUUA